CCUGUAGUUAACUACCUAAACUAGUAGUACAAUUAUCAAGCCAGGUAAGGAAAUAAUCAUAAUAAUCACUUAAAUAAUAAUUAGUUAACUAUAACUACAGAGUAUUAUAGAAUCUACAUGAAUGAGGAGUUGGUGGAAAAGGUCUUCCUAGAAUAGUUCAUGUACUUCGAUUUUGAGGACCCUGCCUUACGACCAACUUCUGGCCCAUCCAUGCAGUUGUGCAGAUUAGCGGGCGUCCUAUAUUCAUUCUUCUUUCCAUCGACUCCCAGAAUGGGUCCACAGUGGUAGAAAAAGCAAGAAUAUCUAUUGUCUAUUAUUAAUUUCCAGGGAAAUACACCUAGGCAGACCAUGAAUUCUGCCCCUAUUCCUCCUACAACAGUAAGCGCAAAGCCCACAGAUGAGCAAACGACCGAUCUCCUGUGCACAGUGCAACACAUCGAGAGAGAAAUCGCAGAGGCACACCGUCUCCGCCAGCUCAGAGACUCCCUCCUGAACGUCCAUGAGCGAAACUGGGUCAACAAUGUGAUUGCGGAAGUGGAAGAGGCAGCCGACGCCGUCACUCGGGCCCUGGAGCCUUGUCGUGUUGAGCGGGAGACCUCUACAGCGGGGAAACUAGGCAUAGGCAGGAAAAUGCUCUGGAUGCUUCGUGAUAAUCAAAAAGUCAAGGGGAAAUACUCGCGCUUGAUUGUCGCCCAUCAAAGCCUAACGUCGGUUAUUUCCUUUCUCCAUAGUCGGGCACAGGCUAUCGAUGAUUACAAUCCGCUUUCCGGUGGGACUCCUUCGUCGACGUCUCUGUCUGGGCGAUCGCCUGAAGGUCCGCCGAGUUACGAACUCAGCCAGGUGUUGGGCUGGAGGCAGAGCAAGCAGCAGAGUCGGCUAAGGGCUGGGAAUCCCUACCCUGGUACUGGGAAGGCGAAGCUGGCGGAGCUAGAGUAACUCGGGUGGUUCAUCUCUUCCUUGCUCUUGAUAUUGGAUUUUGUCUAUUUCUUUGAUUUCUUUCUCUCCUCUGCAUGUACUCCGUAUAUCCAAUGAUUCUCUUAGAGUCCGUCUUAGGUCCGCGGCAUGGUUACUAGACUCUAACAUCUUCGUUUCCAAAGGAUUUCCAAAUAUCUACGCUCUCCUUCUCGGGAGAGAGAGACAAAGAUUCAGGCAAAACGUGAAUAUUGAGAUUGAAGCUAUACAUACCAUCCAGGGUAUUACAUACUUCCACAGAACCAUGUCACAAUUCAAG